GCUUUACCAUAGCGAUUUGCCCUUUUUGCCACCGCCAGCCGCCGCUGGAUUUUUUCCGGCCCCGCCCAGGCCAGCGCGGGCACCUUUUUGCUGCGCCGAAGGCCUGUGCGAAGUUUCCGAUGGGCGCGGCGUCUAGCAGCGAAGUAGUGGCGGAAAAACUGCGGGAGAUGGGGGAAGGCGCGGAACUGCGUUUGUACUCAAAAUUGGCCCCCCUUUCGCGAUCAGGAAGCUUAUACACUUUACAAGCGGUACUUUUACGAAAGGAAUUCGCCCCUUUCGCUGGAGUCUUCGCGCUACGUCCAAAAACGUACCGAGACGUACCAAAAAGUAUACCUAAGACGCCCGAGACCCCACAAAUCGCCGCGCCACGCGCGCCGUGGAUCGCACCGAACCACGCGCACGCGCCGCACGCGCAGUAGAUCACAUUUCUUCUACACAGGCUCCGUCUAUGCGACAGUAGCCAAGGCCGCCGUGCAGCACAACAUCACGGGCCGCUUCCUACUCGAGACGCCGACGGAGCAGCUCGAAGAUCUGUUGAGGAGCCGGUGUUCCGCGCUCGAGACGGUCCAGAAGAAGCGCGUCAUGUACGAGAUCGACCGGUUGCGCCAGCAGGCCGCGGGCCAGUCUCCCCAAAGAUCGGAGAGCGAGGAGGACGCCCCCUCCGAGGACGCGUCGUCUUUAAGUGGCGAGAUCACGCCCGCGCCCAAGCAGGGCGGUUUACUAUCACGCUUCUUUGGCGAGCGGAGUUUAGAUGGCCCGCGCGUCGAGGAUUUGGCGGCAGCCUCCUGCCGGCCGCCGACGCCCGAGGCCGACGAGUGGGACUCGUCGGAUGAUGAAUGCGCGUCCGAGAAAUCGUUCGAAGACGAAAGAACUGGAGAGAGAUGGCGCACGUCGGGCUCGCGGUUCAUCGGGCGCCACGUCAGCUUGAUGGUCUGGGACCCGCGGGGCGAGGAGAGAAAUAGGAGGCAGGGCGUCGUCGUUUCUUACUGCGGGGACGUGGAUCAGACGUGCGGGUGCUCGAAGCUCUGGCGCGCGCGCGUCGAGGACUGCGACGAGUGCGUCGAGCUCGACGAAACCGAAGUAAGGGCAGCAACGGACGCCUGGGAGCGCAUGAUGCAGUGGCGGCGGAGUGAUAGAAGACCGCGGCAGCGCGACACCGCUAGUGUGAGAAGAGAGCAGGCGGCGGCAAGAAGGGAGCAGGGCCUCGCCGACGACCCCGAGGCCGACGCGGCCGCCCAGGCCGCCGUGCGCGCGGCCCAGCUCCAACUAGCCAUUCCGCAAACGGACGGCGCGCCGCGGAAGCGAGGACGGCCGCCGAAGGCGAGUACGUUGGCCGCGAGACAAACGCCGAAGGCCGUCCCGCAGUCGCCCAAGUCGGCGCGGCGCAAGGCCACGAUCUCGGCUGCCGCCGCCGCGCAGAUGCUGCCGCCGACGACGACGCGGAGCCGCGCCGCGUCGGACGCGGACCUCGGGUCUCCUUCGCAAAGACACCGCGGCACGCCGCGAAGUGCCCCGGAGGACCCGUCGCCCGAGGCCGCGGCCGCUCGGCGAGAAGAGCGCAAGCGGCGGCGCGCCGAGUCCGAGGUCGAAGCUCAGAGAAAACGGAAGGACCUGUCCCAGAAGAAGCGCGCGGAGGUCGACCGGACCAUGGCCGGGUUAGAUGUCGUCACGCUGUCGUCGCCGGACUGUUUAAGUGGCUUGCGCGCCCAGGGCUUGACAAGGAGAGAUAGACGGCGCGCGGCCGCGCGCGAGGCGAGAGCUCGAGAAGAGCUCGCGCGCGCGCCGCCGCCGCCGCCGCCGACUCCCAACAGCACGCCGCGGAACCGGCCGCGGCGCGAGCUCGCGGGCCGGCGGUCCUGCGCGGGCUGCAACCAGGCGCCGUGCGCGCGGUCCGCCGCGGGCUGCUUCCGCGGCGUCGGCCAGGCCAACGGCAAGUACGUCGUUAGAGGCUUGGACCAUGAGCGCUACCCGACCGCGGAGCUCGCCGCGCGGCGGCGCGAUAUGUUGUUAGCGGCCGGCGCGUGCCGGUCGUUCGAUGAGCCUUUGAACUUCGAGCGGAGCGACGCCAAACAAUUGAAAUUUGAGCGGGACUUCGCGGCGAAGGAGCGCAAGGAGUCGCGCAAGCGCGCGCGGUCCCACGACGACGACGCGCCUCCUUCAGUAUCGCCGCGGUCGGUGCCGGCGGCGUCGCCGCGGCCGCGCCGCGGCGAGCACAUCGAGGCGCCGCCGGGGUCCCACAACGUCGGGACGCUCGUGCGCCACGACGGGCGGAGCUGGUGGAUCGCCGACGACAGCGAGACGAUUGCUGGCAUCGCCGACCAGCACGGCCUCGACCCGGACAAGGUCCUGGCGGCGAACCUGCACUGCGCGACGUUUAUCCGGUCGAAGCUGCACCUCAACUCAAAAUUGAGACACCACACGGCCGUGCUGCUGCCGGGCUGCUGAGCCCUUGGCGCGGCGCGGCCUCCUCGCCCGGCGCGGCCCCGGCGCCGGAGCGACCCCUUUCCCCCCAACACCCGCGGACCCGCCCCCCACGUCCUGCGGAGACCAAAAACAAACGCGGCGCGACCGAAUCAUCGCGCGCUCAUAAGUUCUACCGAUGUA